CUUCGAUUCUUCUUCUCUCUCGCUUUCGGCCUCUUCUUAUUCGUCUUCUUCUCCUUCUUCUUCUUCUCCGACAGAGUGGCUGAACACUCGGAGAAGAAGGAGCCAUUGGAGCCGCAUUGUCGAGAGGAGCAUAAGGAGCCAACAACAUGGUCGCCCAAGGGUUCACUGUUGAUUUAACGAAGCCGCUUGUUUUCCAGGUAGGCCACCUUGGGGAGGCCUAUGAGGAAUGGGUUCAUCAGCCCAUUGUUAGCAAGGACGGUCCUCGUUUUUUCGCAAGUGACUUUUGGGAGUCAUUAACUCGCACCGUCUGGUGGGCAAUUCCAACCAUAUGGCUUCCAGUUGUUUGCUGGUUUGUGUUCAUGUCUUACCGAAUGGGCCAUUCGCCAUCUGAGUUAGCUCUGAUGGUUGGAGGCGGAGUAGUCCUGUGGACAUUAAUUGAGUACACAUUACAUCGCUUUCUUUUCCACAUCAAAACGAAAAGUUAUUGGGCAAACACUUUCCAUUAUCUUAUUCAUGGAUGCCAUCAUAAGCAUCCUAUGGAUGGAUUGCGCCUUGUUUUCCCACCCGCUGCGACGGCUAUUCUGUGCAUUCCGUUCUGGAAUCUGGUCAGACUUAUAUCAACACCUUCCACAACUCCUGCUAUAUUUGCUGGAGGAUUACUGGGUUAUGUGAUGUAUGACUGCACUCAUUAUUAUCUGCACCAUGGUCAACCUGCUAAGGAUCCUGCUCGAGGGCUCAAGCGAUACCAUUUAAACCAUCACUUCAGAAUACAAAAUAAAGGAUUUGGAAUCACUUCACCCCUCUGGGAUCACAUUUUUGGAACAUUACCUCCAGCAAAAACCAACGGAAAGAGAAGUUGAUUUUGGUUUCUAAUUUGUGUUUAAGGUCCCGGACAUUAUGUAUAUCGAUGCUAGUAUUGUUGGCAAUGUACAUCAGUGUUUUAGUAUAUUCUUUAUCUAGGAUCACCAUGAUGCUAAUAUUCUUUCUUGGGGAUGUCUGUUUGAUUGUACUAUUGUAAUCUGCAUAGUUUCAAGAUGAUCUCCUAUUUUGUGAAA